GCCUGGCUGGUGCUCACAUGCAAUAAUUAACUGCUGAGUGGCCUUCGCCCAAUCCCAGGCUCCACUCCUGGGCUCCAUUCCCACUCCCUGCCCCACUGCCCGUCUCCUAGGCCACUAAACCACAGCUGUCCCCUGGAAUAAGGCAAGGGGGAGUGGAGAGCAGAGCAGAAGCCUAAGCCAGACCCAGAGCCACCUCCUCUCCCAGGGACAGACAUGGCUCAGCGGAUAACAAUACAGCUGCUGCUCCUUCUAGCUUGGGUGGCUGCAGUAGGGGGGGCCCGGACACCAACUGUGCGGGCCAGGACUGAACUUCUCAAUGUCUGCAUGGAUGCCAAGCACCACAAGGAAAAGCCAGGCCCCGAGGACAAGCUGCAUGAGCAGUGUAGUCCCUGGAGGAAGAAUGCCUGCUGUUCUACCAACACCAGCCAGGAAGCCCACAAGGAUGUUUCAUACCUGUAUAACUUCGACUGGAACCACUGCGGAGAGAUGGCACCUGCCUGCAGACGGCAUUUCAUCCAGGACACCUGCCUCUAUGAGUGCUCCCCCAACUUGGGGCCCUGGAUUCAGCAGGUGGAUCAGAGCUGGCGCAAAGAGCGGGUACUGGACGUGCCCCUGUGCAAAGAGGACUGUGAGCAAUGGUGGAAAGAUUGCAGUACCUCCUACACCUGCAAGAGCAACUGGCACAAGGGCUGGAAUUGGACCUCAGGGUCUAACAAGUGCCCGGUGGGAGCUGCCUGCCUAUCUUUCCAUUUCUACUUCCCCACACCCACUGAUCUAUGCAAUGAAAUCUGGAGUCACUCCUUCAAGGUCAGCAACUACAGGCGAGGAAGUGGCCGCUGCAUCCAGAUGUGGUUUGACCCGGCCCAGGGCAACCCCAACGAGGAAGUGGCGAGGUUCUAUGCUGCAGCCAUGAGUGGAGCUGGGCCCUGGGCGGCCUGUCCUGUCCUGCUCAGCCUGGGCCUGCUCUGGUUGCUCAGCUGACUUCUCUGUUUACCGUCUGAUACCUGGACAUCCUUGCCCUGUUUAGCCCCAUAGCUCCCAACUGUUUGGUUUCUGCUCCAUGGUUGGGCCUCUGACAGCUACUUUGAAUAAACCAGACACCCCACAUGCCUUGAGGAUUA